AUGUGACGUCAUUGGUGUGCACAAGGGUGGCCUACGUAACCCUCCUUUCCCACCCAACGUGUUGCUUGCCACGACAGAAUUGCUAGUCUUCUUUCCUCGAUCUUUAUUCAGAUAAUAUUCUUCAAAUACAUAUUAUUUUCAUUAGAGCUGUGCAAAGUUUCAACAAAAUGCCAGACCUUGAGGAGGCAAAUGACUGGAGUUGUGAUUUUUUUGUUCUCACACUGAUUUAUAUCACCUCAAUGGUUUUUGCUGGAGUUUGCUUUAGUCUUACAAAUACGGUGAAACAUUGCGUGGAACAACAUGCUUGUACCAACGAUGGCAAGUAUCUUGUUAUAGCGCUCGUUUUUACGGUCAUUGGUCUAGUUGCGUUUUUUACUGUCUACAAACUAUACAAUUGGAACGCGAAAAAAGUGUAUCUCCCACUUCUGACGUUUCACCGAAAUUGCAUCGUUGCCUUUUCAUUAAUGUUGCUUCUGUACCAGUUCAUUGAGUCUGAUGUGGUCCUUUGCUUGUAUUCAGCCAGCUGGGGUUUUUUAAUUGCUUGCUAUAUCUUUUCUACUCGUGUUCAGAUUGCUAGUUUUGUUAUGACUGAGGACGAGGUCAUGUGUAUGCUUUUUAUUUUUUUUCUCACCUUGAUGUGCUCAAUCCAAGGAGCAAUAUAUGGAAAAAUCAUCCACGAAAUUUCUAUCAGAGGUUUCAAUUUGGGUUGGUUUAUUGUGGUUCAUGCACUGGUAUUUUUUCAAUUAAAUGUGAACGCACUCAAAAAGAAUGAGCGGAAAGAGGGAUUUUUGAACCAUUGCAACACAGCUUACCGCCUUCCUCACAAAAUGACAAGUUCUCUGGCAAACAUCACUGCUGCUCAAAUUGCAAGGCAUAUCAACGAUGGUCGUUACACGAGAACCAAUAUUCUAGAAGGGAUGGAUACUAAAUUUCGAGACACAAUUCUCUCAAAACUUUUACUAUUAAACCCAAAAGCUUACCAGUUUAUAGCAAAGACGACCCAAGUUGAAAAGUCGCUGUCAAUUGGGAAAAGGGUUUUUGAAUUGGAAUACUAUGCAAGACACAAGAGUAUUAUAACCACCUUGACAAUUGUUUUACAUAAAAAGAAAUACUGGGAGAAGAUACAAAAAUUAGACAUUAGAGAGUGCGAGGCGCAAUUGACUCCAGGAUGGGUUAAACAGAUUGGUAUUAUGCUCUCUUCCCUCACAACUCUCGAAAUUAGCAAUAAACCUUUGAGCAAAGAAGAUUUCUCAGAACUCUGCGAUUCCUUCCCAAAUCUUGUUCAAUUGGAUAUAAGCGACACCGGAAUUAGGAAGCUUGAUGGAAUUUUCAAGUUAAAGCACUUAAAAGUUUUGUGGAUGAGAAACUUGCAAUUUGAAUGUUCCUCUGAUAUGCUGGACUUGUUCAAACUAACAGGCCUAACUGCUUUGGAUGUUUCAAGAGACGUAUACAAAACAAACAUAAAAACAAUCAUGCAAUUUGUGGAAUGCGGAAUUAUUCUACCAAACUUGACGUUUCUAGAUGCUUCCGGAACUGAUUUGAAUGAAAACCUGUUAAACUCCUUAGCAUCUCAUCCUAAGUUGCAACAAAUUGUCGCAAUUGACACAAAUGUUCAGUACAUCAAAACAACUGGACAUGAAAUUCUUAGCUUCGGUAAUCUACAGACUUCACUUCGAAUAUUAAAGCAUUUUGUGAACCUUAAAAGAUCUGUAGCCACCAGAAAGUGUUUAUUAAGAAUUACGACACAAUUGAAGCAGUUUCACAAUGAUACCAAACAAUAUGACGUUGUUAAAUGUUUAAGGCAUGCGAUAGAAGCUAUCGAAACUUUUAGACCCAAUGAGCAGCUGAAAGCAGAAAUACGAUGGAAUGAUAACACAUAUAUUACGGGUUUGAACUGUUUGAUUGAAAUUUCUAGAAACAAAUCCCAUAUAUUCCAUCCGCUCGAUGCAAAACUGGUACUUGACAUUUUACUUAUUGCCUCCGAACGAAUUCUCCCCCUUACAUCAUCAGCACUGCAGCAUCCUUGUCAAGCAGUAUGGGAAGCUAUUCAAAAUCUAGUUGAUCAAGAGUUUGACUGGCUUGACUAUGAUCAAAUUGGCACCAGUGCAAUGCGUUUUGCGCUGGAAGUCUAUCUAAGACCCGAUCGUUUCUUGAAUCAAGCAACGUCGGUUGUGGAAACCUGUACGAGACUCUCGCCAAGUCAGGAUUUCAGUGGAUAUCUGGAAAAAAAGCUUACUACAUGUGUGAUCAAUCUAAUUAAAGAAGAAAUCAUAAAUGGAAACGAAAGACAAUGUAUUUCUUUUCUUAAAAUUGUAUACUCUAUGACAUUAUGCAGUAAGAGCGCAUGUGAGGAUAUACUUAAAAACGGGAAAUUUGCUUCGCUGGUGUGGUGCCUGCAAAACUGUAAUUCCGAUGAGCUACAUCUUGAAGUACUACAUGUUAUCAGAAACUUGAGCAUUGUUCACAAGUCAUCGAUUUUCAAGAAACAUUUUACUGCGACAGAAUUUAAAGUUUUUCACCAACUCCUAAAUGACUGGACGUCUAACAAAGCUUAUAACGUGUUCACAAUAAUUUCACUCCGCAUCUUCUCCUCCGAAAGAGACUGGACAACCUGUGAGUUUUCCUCUGAUGCCAAUGAUCUUCUAAUCGACCGAUUCCGAUAUUUCCAACCAUCCGAGAUAACCGAAAAAGUUGAAAUCUACCUGGGAAUCCUUGAAGAUGUGCUCAAAACCUCAAGGCUUGAGGGACCUGUCCUCUGGGCGCUGCUGACGCUUCAAAUUUUGACAGAACAGAAAAAGGAGUUUGUGGAGACUAUUGAGGAAUAUUCGUAUAUUCUAAAGCACAUCGAAAAUCUGAAAGUUGUGUCGGAAGCAGUGAGAAACGCGACGGAAUCAUUGUUGCACAUAAUGUAUAAACUUUAAAUCUUUUUUAUCUAUUUUUUUUAUUAAUGCUCACGAUGCCAAUAAACACUUUGAUUUUUUUAUAAUCC